UGGAGGGAGGAGAGAGGAGGAGAGAGAGGAUGAGAGGAGGUGGUGGAGGGGUGUACGUGUGGCUGCUCCUGGCGUGUGUGUUGCUGGGGGAUGACCUGGGCUGGGUGACCCCUGGAGUUCAUGUUGGGGUCAAGGCUCAGGCCAAUGAAAGGAGAGUCCUGGCUCACAUUCCUGGUGACAUCAUCAUAGGAGCGCUGUUCUCUGUUCACCACCAACCUCCUGCAGACAAGGUCCAUGAGCGUAAAUGUGGAGCAGUCAGAGAACAGUAUGGUAUCCAGCGUGUGGAGGCCAUGAUGCACACGCUGGACCUGAUCAACUCAGACCCUCAGCUCCUCCCCAACAUCACGCUGGGCUGUGAGAUCAGAGACUCUUGCUGGCACAGUGCAGUAGCUUUAGAACAGAGCAUAGAGUUUAUCCGAGACACGCUGGUCUCCAACGAGGAGGAGGAGAGUCUGAGCCAGGGGAAAUGUCUGGGGGAAGACGGGAUAGAGGUGACCCCUGUUAGGGGGAAGAAACCCAUAGUGGGAUUGAUUGGACCAGGUUCCAGUUCUGUGGCCAUCCAGGUACAGAACCUGCUGCAGCUGUUCAACAUACCACAGAUCGCCUACUCUGCUACCAGCAUGGACCUCAGCGACAAGAGUCUGUAUAAGUACUUCAUGAGGGUGGUGCCGUCGGAUGCUCAGCAGGCCAGAGCCAUGGUGGACAUCGUGAAGCGAUACAACUGGAGCUACGUCUCUGCUAUACACACAGAGGGUAACUAUGGUGAGAGUGGUAUGGAAGCCUUUAAGGAACUGGCAGCUGGAGAAGGGAUCUGUAUAGCUCAUUCGGAUAAGAUCUACAGCAACGCAGGGGAGCAGAACUUUGACAAGCUGCUGGAGAAGCUGAGAGGACACCUGCCCAAGGCUCGGGUGGUGGCGUGCUUCUGCGAGGGCAUGACUGUACGGGGCAUACUGAUGGCAAUGAGACGGAAACACCUAGUAGGGGAGUUCCUACUAGUGGGGAGUGAUGGCUGGGCUGACCGGUAUGAUGUGACAGAUGGAUAUCAGCAAGAGGCUGCGGGAGGGAUAACUAUAAAGCUGAAGUCAGCCUACAUCCCCUGGUUCGAUGACUACUACUUGGCUCUGCAACCAGAUGACAACACCAGGAACCCCUGGUUUACUGAGUUCUGGCAACACCGGUUCCAAUGUAGACUAAAGGGACGCGCACAGGAGAACACCAAGUACAACCGUACCUGCAAUAGUAGAGAGUCUCUCCGUCAGCAGUAUGCCCAGGACACUAAGAUGGGUUUUGUCAUCAACGCUAUCUACUCCAUGGCUUAUGGUCUACACACUAUGCAGCAGAAAGUCUGCCCAGGAUACCAAGGUCUGUGUGAUGCCAUGCGGCCCAUCGAUGGUCGUAAGCUGCUGGAGUUCCUGAUGAGAACCAACUUCACUGGAGUCUCUGGAGAGACGAUCCGCUUUGACCAGAACGGAGACUCACCGGGCAGGUAUGAGAUCAUGAACUUUAAGCGUCUGGGUGGUGACGGUGUGGAUCAGUACAGUUAUAUCCAUGUGGGGAGCUGGGACCAGGGAGGACUGAGGAUGGACGACGAAGAGAUCUGGACUAACGCCUCCACCAUCAUACAGUCAGUCUGCUCUGAACCCUGCCAGAAAGCUCAGAUCAAGGUGAUCCGUAAAGGAGAGGUCAGUUGCUGUUGGACCUGUACUCCCUGUAAAGACAAUGAGUUUGUAUUUGAUGAGUACACCUGCCGCGCCUGUGACCUGGGGGCCUGGCCUACCGACGACUUGACCGGUUGUGAGCCUAUCCCUGUGCAGUACGUACGUUGGGGGGACCCUGAACCAAUAGCAGCGGUGGUGUUUGCCUGUCUGGGGCUCAUGGCUACUCUGUUUGUUACCUCCAUAUUCAUCAGGUUCUAUGACACCCCAGUGGUAAAGUCGAGCAGUAGAGAGCUGUGUUACAUCAUUCUGGCUGGGAUCUGCCUGGGAUACCUCUGUACCUUCAGCCUCAUCGCCAAGCCCCAUGCUGCACACUGUUACCUACAGAGACUGGGGAUAGGACUGUCCCCUGCCAUGAGCUACUCUGCCCUGGUCACUAAGACUAACCGUAUAGCUCGUAUCCUGGCUGGCAGUAAGAAGAAGAUCUGUACCAAGAAGCCCAGGUUCAUGUCCGCCUGCGCUCAGCUGGUCAUCGCCUCCCUUCUCAUCCUGCUACAACUAGGAAUCAUCGUUGCUCUGUUCAUUAUGGAACCACCACAGGUGAUCUAUGACUACCCCAGUAUCAGUGAGGUCCAUCUGAUCUGUAACCUGACUACAAUCGGAGUAGUGACUCCUCUGGGUUAUAAUGGCCUGCUCAUCCUCAGCUGUACCUUCUACGCCUUUAAGACCCGUAAUGUUCCUGCUAACUUCAACGAGGCUAAGUACAUCGCCUUCACCAUGUACACCACCUGCAUCAUCUGGCUGGCCUUUGUCCCCAUCUACUUCGGCUCCAACUACAAGAUCAUCACCAUGUGUUUCAGUGUUAGUCUCUCUGCUACUGUGGCUCUCUGCUGCAUGUUCGCCCCCAAGGUAUACAUCAUGCUGGCGAAGCCAGAGAAGAACGUCCGCAGUGCCUUCACCACAUCUACCCAGGUCCGCAUGCAUGUAGGGGAUGCCAAGACGGCCGCUAAUGCUGCCAAACCCAAGACCAUGGCCGGACUCUUCAGAAGGAAGGGGUCUGAAGAAAACCUCAGCUCCAACGGUAAGUCAGUGUCGUGGUCUCAGAAUGAGCGCAGCGGCUACAGACCCAACCUGUGGAAGAGGAUGUCCAUCCACAUCAAGAAGAAAGAGGAGGUCAACCAGACAGCCGUCAUUAAGCCCUUCUCUAAGGGGGCGGGCAACCUCGACCUCGCCCCCGCCACGCCCCAACUUGGGGACAGGGGGGCCUAUGACGAACCUCAGGGGGCACAGCAUUACCCCCCUGGAACAUACCCCUGCCCUCCAUCGCCUCAUUUUGGAGAAUACCGCCGCUGUCCCUCCUCACCCUCCACACUAACCCUGCCCACCGUCAGCCAAAGGGUUGGAGGCUUCCACCCCUGCCCUUCCUCGCCUCACGCUGGAACCUUCCACCCAUGUCCCCCUCGGGGGGCUCAGGGAUCCCAGGACGGAGAGGAGGUCAGGGCUCUGCCAUCCUACAUGACAGAAAGGCCUCAGACAAGGGCGUGUGGUGGGGUGGGCAAGAUGGUGGGUGGCAAUAUUAGUAGUGGCGGUAGGGGUGUAGGUAUUGGGGGCAUAGGUGAUACUGGUGUGGGUGAUUUAGACACCGGUAUAGGUGUUGGUGGUUUAGGUGACAGGGGUAUUGGUGUGGGCACCGUGGGUAGUCAGCCCCAGGGUUCCACCAUUAUGGAUCAGAUUAGCUGUGUUGUGAAUCGGUUCACCGCCAACAUCAGCCAGCUUAACAACAUGAUGCUCCCUCUGGAAGGUGUUGACCCCCUUCCUUCGGGUCCAGGCCUCACCCCCGCACCAUGCCCACCGCCUUACAUCCUACCCCGCACCAGACAGCCAAAUACCACAGUCACCACGUACGCUGAAGUAGCAGCCAUCGCCGCCUCUAACCAUGGCAACCCCCGGGUGGGCGGGGCGGUUGGUGUGGUCUACGGUCCUGGGGGCGGAGUGUGUGGUACGGCGGCGGUGAGAACCACAGAGCUGCUGGAGGAGCUGGCUGCUCUUGCCCCUCCGUCCCCGUUUAGAGACUCCUCCAUGGAGUCGCCUGGUGCCGUGCCCCCCUCCCUGGCGUCAGAGUCUUCCCUGGGUGAGCCCCGCCCCCCGGGGAAAUAUGACAGACUGAUGCUACGGCACUACAGCCAGAGCUCCUCCUCCCUGUAAACUCCUCCUCCUCCUCCUCCACUUCCCUAUAAACUCCUCCUCCUCU